GAAGAGAGAGAGGGAGAGAGUCCUGCCCAGGGAGCUGGAGCUGCUGGAAGAGCUGCCGUCUCUGGGACGUGACAGACUUCAUCCCUGCGCUUUCUGGAAGGAAAGAAGGGGAGAAACACAACAGCAGGACCCUGUAUUUGGAUUUUAAGAGAUUUUUUAUAAUUAUAUUUUUAUAUUAGAGAGGCUCUGGAGAGACUAGCAGCGCCCUGAAGUUCACCCCCACACACACACAUACGUAACUAUAUAACGCUAAUACACAUGUGUGGAAGAACCUGGCUGGAUAACUAGCUAUAGGAUGAACUUUGGACUUAACAUAUUCACUUUCGCUGCCAUGUCUUUGGACGCCGGUGAAAAAUAAAUAAAGGUCCGUGGAGGAGGCAGGAGCUUUACCGAGGCUUUGUCACGGUGAAAUUUCACUCCCAUAAACUUAAGCUGCGCCGGAGAGGAGAAGGAGGAGGAGAAGGAGGAGAGAGAGAGAGAGAGCAAAGGAUCAACAUGUCGGCCACAGCUGCUUCUAAUAAGAGUGCAGCGAUGGAGGAAACGGUUAUAUGGGAGCAGCACACAGUGACACUUCACAGGGCCCCAGGCUUUGGGUUUGGGAUAGCGAUUUCAGGAGGCCGAGACAACCCUCACUUCCAGAGUGGAGAGACGUCUAUCGUCAUCUCAGAUGUUCUGAAAGGAGGACCAGCAGAGGGGCUUCUACAAGAGAAUGACAGAGUGGUGAUGGUUAAUGCCGUGUCCAUGGAUAACGUGGAGCAUGCCUACGCCGUUCAGCAGCUGAGGAAGAGCGGCAAGAAUGCCAAAAUUACGAUCCGCCGGAAGCGGAAAGUCCAGAUCCCGGUGGCUCGGCUGGGAGACAGAGAGACGAUGUCGGAGCGCGAGGAGGACAGUGAGGAGGAUGAUUAUGAAGGGCCGGGAGCAGGAGCCGGAGGUGCUAGCGGGGGGACGAGCAGACAGAACGAUCACAGUAGCAGCUUGGGCCGGCGGGACCACAGCGCCUCGCGAGAGAGGAGCACAUCCCCGCGAUCUGACAGACGCUCUGUUGCCUCCAAUAUCCCGCCACGACCCGCCAAAGUCACUCUCGUAAAGUCCCGCAAGAGCGAAGCAGAAUAUGGUCUGCGCCUGGCCAGCCACAUCUUCGUGAAGGACAUUUCUCCUGAAAGCCUGGCAGCCCGUGAUGGAAACAUCCAGGAGGGAGACGUAGUGCUGAAGAUCAAUGGCACAGUGACGGAGAACCUGUCACUGAUUGAUGCGAAGAAACUGAUCGAGCGCUCGAAAGGCAAGCUGAAGAUGGUGGUGCAGCGAGAUGAGAGAGCGACGCUCCUCAACAUCCCUGAUAUAGACGACAGCAUUCCCUCCGGCAACUCUGAUAGAGACGAUAUCUCAGAAAUUCAUUCUUUGACAUCGGACCAUUCCCACGACCGAACACGCGGCACUCGCUCUCGCUCUCCAGACAAGCGUUCCGAGCCAUCAGACAUCUCCUGCCAGUCUCCACAACAGAUCAGCAACGGAAGCCACAGGAGUUGUGAUGAGGAGCGCAUCUCGAAGCCGACGGCCGUGUCCACUCCGGUUAAGAUGGUGGAAGAUGCACUGCUAGUGCCAUCCGGCGAACAGGGAGACAAACAGUUACCCCCACUGCCAGAGCCAAAGCCAGUGUAUGCUCAGCCUGGCCAGCCAGAUGUAGAUCUGCCAGUGAGUCCAACAGAUGCCCCUGUGCCCAGCGCUGCCCAUGAUGACAGCAUCCUGCGGCCCAGCAUGAAGCUGGUGAAAUUCCGGAAGGGAGAGAGUGUGGGAUUAAGGCUGGCCGGCGGAAACGAUGUGGGGAUCUUUGUGGCUGGAGUUCUGGAGGAUAGUCCUGCUGCUAAAGAGGGUCUAGAGGAGGGAGAUCAGAUACUCAGGGUAAACAAUGUCGACUUUGCAAACAUCAUCCGGGAGGAGGCCGUGCUGUUCCUGCUGGACCUGCCCAGAGGUGAAGAGGUCACCAUCCUGGCCCAGAAGAAGAAAGAUGUGUAUCGACGAAUCGUGGAAUCUGAUGUGGGCGACUCGUUCUAUAUCCGGACCCAUUUCGAGUACGAGAAAGAGUCUCCUUACGGCCUGAGCUUUAACAAGGGUGAGGUGUUCAGGGUGGUGGAUACGCUGUAUAACGGCAAGCUGGGCUCCUGGUUGGCCAUCCGUAUCGGCAAGAACCACCAGGAGGUGGAGAGGGGCAUUAUCCCCAACAAAAACAGGGCAGAGCAGUUGUCCAGCGUCCAGUACACCCUACCCAAAACCCCCGGCGGUGACCGGGCUGACUUCUGGAGGUUCCGUGGCCUUCGCAGCUCCAAGAGGAACCUGAGGAAGAGCCGAGAGGACCUGUCUGCUCAGCCUGUGCAGACGAAAUUCCCUGCUUAUGAAAGGGUUGUCCUUAGGGAAGCUGGUUUCUUGAGGCCUGUCGUGAUCUUUGGGCCCAUUGCCGACGUGGCCCGGGAGAAACUGGCCAGAGAGGUGCCUGAUCUGUUCGAGCUGGCAAAAACACAGCACCCUGGAGAAGGGGAAAAGAGCGAACCCAGAGAUGCAGGAACGGACCAACGCAGCUCUGGAAUUAUACGCCUUCACACCAUCAAGCAGAUUAUUGAUAAGGAUAAGCACGCUGUGUUGGACAUCACACCCAAUGCGGUGGACCGGCUAAACUACGCGCAGUGGUACCCGAUUGUUGUGUUUCUGAACCCGGACAGCAAGCAGGGUGUGAAGAACAUGAGGACCAGACUCUGCCCGGAGUCUAGAAAGAGUGCCAGGAAGCUGUACGAACGUGCACUCAAACUGAGGAAGAACAACCACCACCUCUUCACCGCCACUAUAAACAUGAACAACAUGAAUGAAGGCUGGUAUGGAGCACUGAAGGACACCAUCCAGCAGCAGCAGAACCAGCUGGUCUGGGUUUCAGAGGGCAAGGCGGACGGUGCUCCUGAUGAUGAUCUGGACCUUCACGAUGACCGUCUGUCCUACCUUUCCGCUCCGGGUAGUGAGUACAGCAUGUACAGCACUGACAGUCGCCACACGUCUGACUAUGAGGACACGGACACGGAGGGCGGAGCCUACACGGACCAGGAGCUGGACGAGACCCUGAAUGACGACACAGGACCGCCCUGCGAGCCUGCCAUCACCCGCUCCUCCGAGCCUGUCCGGGAGGAACCGCCCGUCAUCCAGCAGCCCCCCGGCUACCCCACCUACAUCCGGUCAGACGCACUGAGCCGAAUAGAGCCGGCCGGCUUCAAGGCCCCCGCGCCGCAGCAGAAAGCAGAGGCUGCUCUUCCAGAGCCGCUGACUGAGACAGCGCCCCCCGGUGCCCACCUUAACGUAGCACUUCUGAGUGGUCCCACGGAGGGCCCGGCGGCCCCCCCACAGGGUGACCUAGCUCAGCCCCCAGCUCCUGAGCCCCUUCAAACCGGACAUCCCGGGUCAGAGCCCAAGAUGUACCAAAAAGAGAUCUACAGUGUGGAUGAGCAAGUGCGUGUCAGCCCUGGGCUAAAGCAGCCAGCCUACAACUCCCAGCAACCCCUUUAUCAGGAAGAACAGCCAUACAGAGAUUAUGACCACCAGCCCUACCGCUACGAUGCUAGCGCCUACGUGGAACCAAAGGCUCGGAACUUUGACUCUCACUUGCAGUACGACAGCCGUGUGCCUCCAUACGAAGAGCAGUGGCCUGCCUACGACCACCAGGGGGCAGCGCCCCAGCAGUACGACCCACGGCCGAACUACCAGGAUAGACCAGAUCGUGACUACAGCCCGCCUCAGUCCCGAUACGACACAGGAUACGACACUGGACGACCUCGAUACGGAAAGCCCAGCCCAGGCCAGGCCCGUUACGAUGAACCCCCUCCACCAACCACAGGAGGCUAUGAUGGACAUUCACGUUACGACCAUGAACCCCACAACCUCCCUCCAGUUGUCUCUCACUCCCCUGAACCCCCACAACAGCAGUAUUAUGAGCCUCCUCUGUCAAGGCCUUCCCACAGCCAGCCAUCAUCACAGAGGAGUUACGUAAACUCUAAUUCCCCCACACCCCCGCCCAAACCCGAACCCAUUACAUCACCAGCAGAAACAGCCAUUCCCCCAUCAACAGUAUCCAAGCCCAUGCCGCCACCUCCUCCACCACAGACAGAAGAAGACCCUGCGAUGAAGCCACAGUCAGUGCUCACUCGGGUGAAAAUGUUUGAGAACAAGCGGUCGGUGUCCGUGGACCGAGCCAGAGAGUCUUCCGACUCCACAAUAAGGCCAGCAGACAUGGUUCCUAAACCAGGUUCAGCCUCUGUACCCAAAGCCAACUCUCUAAGUAAUCUGGACCAAGAGAAGACCUUCAGAGCACCUGAGCCCCAGCAGCCCCAGUCUAAAGCUGAUGAUAUUGUCCGUGCAAACCACUACGAUCCUGAUGAAGAUGAAGAGUACUACAGAAAGCAGUUGUCAUACUUUGACCGCCGGAGCUUUGAUAGCAAGCCAUCCGUACAGCCACAACCUGCCAGCAAACCAGCACAGCCACAGGCCCAGCCUGGGUCUAACUAUCCCAGGGCGGAGUCAUUGGAUAAAGUCAGCCCUGUUCCUCAAGUUACCCCAGCUGCUCCGCCCACAGCCCCACCUCCUAUUUUGCCCAAACCUGCUGCAGCAACUCCUCCUCCAGACCCUCAUGGGUCUCCCAAAGUGAAACACCCAGGUCGUGAGGACACAGUGCAGAGCAAUUUCCUUCCCCAGAAAAGCUUCCCUGAGAAAUCACCUGUCAACGGCACCGGUGAACCUCCAAAAUCUGCUGGUGCUCCUCCUGCCUCCUCCUACAAUCGCUACGUUCCCAAACCCUACACAGCCUCUGCCAGGCCCUUUGAGCGCAAGUUUGACAGUCCCAAAUUUAACCACAACCUCCUGCCCAACAACACACAACCCAAGGCUCCAGUUAAAACGCAACAGCCACAGCCACAGCCUCCAGAUCACGACAGCGGCCUGGACACCUUCACACGAACCACAGAGCACCGGCCCAAGUACCAGCAGAAUAACAUCAACGCUGUGCCCAAGGCCAUCCCUGUCAGCCCAAGUGCUUUGGAGGAUGAUGAGGACGAUGAUGUCCACACGGUGGUGGCCACAGCUCGUGGCAUCUUCAAUUGCAACGGUGGAGUUCUGAGCUCUAUAGAAACAGGUGUGAGCAUCAUCAUCCCUCAGGGUGCCAUCCCCGAUGGUGUGGAACAGGAGAUCUAUUUCAAAGUGUGUCGGGAUAACAGCAUUCUGCCACCCCUCGAUAAGGAGAAAGGAGAAACCCUGUUGAGUCCGUUGGUGAUGUGUGGUCCACACGGUCUGAAGUUUCUGAAACCCGUGGAGCUCCGCCUGCCUCACUGUGCGUCUAUGACUCCUGAUGGUUGGUCUUUUGCUCUAAAAUCCUCCGACUCCUCGUCGGGUGACCCCAAGAAUUGGCAGAACAAAUCUCUCCCCGGAGAUCCAAACUACCUGGUAGGAGCCAACUGUGUGUCCGUGCUCAUCGACCACUUCUGAGGAACCUGUUACUGAAUGUGAACGCUGGGAUAAAAGAAAGAAAACACUCUCCUCUCUACAACACACACACACAAACAAACACACUGCCGUUUAGGGAGGGGGACGUUUUUGGCAGUGAUAAAUGAAGGAUGACUGCGCUUUGAUUCUGUUUACUGUACCCACGGAGACAGGAGGACUUUCUCUGAAGUGCUGUUCUUCUUUUUUUCUUCUUCUCGAUCUUCUUUUUCUUUUCUUUUUAUAAGUGCUUAACAGCUCGAGAGUAAAUGAGAAGAAUAAACUGUUUUUUAUAAUACCUGAUGAUAAACUGCAUGCUCUGUGCCACUGAGAAAAUUCCCACUCUACGCCAAGUGUCAGAUUCUCACCACUCACACAAAUUUACAUUAUUUUUCUCCAGGAUUUGCGAAGAUCUUCCACAUAGACUUUUUUUGCUAUUGACGAUAAUGAACUUUUAAGCAUAUUUUUACUAUAUAUAUACAGCAGUACGCACACUACAGUCUACAGUCUGAGGAUAAUAUCCAGUAGAGUACUGUUCUUUUAUGGAAUAACAUGUUUUAUUACGACUUUUCUGGCAAUUUGAAAUGGUUACCACAGCACUAUAAACAAGAAGAAGAUUUACUCACAGUAGGUGCAGAGGGGUAAGAGGAAGUGCAAAAGCGGUGCCUAGCAGGACUGACUGAAGGAGUACGACUGAGGUGCUGGAAAAGAAGAAAGAAAAGGCAGGUGAAGAAAGGACAGACCAGUUCCUUAAAACUACAGGUUUAUUUCAAUUUGAACUGGUGCUCCUUUUCCCCAGUAGCUUGUCCUCUAACAGUGAUGACUACCUAUCAAUAUGUGGCCAGUAGUCUCAUACAAGUGGACUCGUGGAGUGGAGCAGUUGAAGUUUUCUGCGCUGUGGAGAUCUAUGCAUGUCAGACUCAGGUGCCCAGACUCCUGCUCUUUUCUAUCUCGCUCUUUCCUCUCUCUUUUUUUUUUUUUCUUUUUACCCUCUCUCACUGUCUGCUACCCUUUUCUCUCACCUUCUCUCUCACUCCGUCUCUCUUUCACACUCCUGCUAAAGCAGUGAUGCCUUAUCUGUGGACUUGCUCAUUUUUUCAAUAAUGAGACCUCCUCACUUUCUUUAUUUUCUUUCUAAGUUAUGAUGAAGCCAGAUUAUAGAAGAAUGAAAUAAAAUGAAGUUGUCGUUCUGCCGUUUUGUCAACCCGCUGUAUAAACUAAACCUGGGUUAACACACAAGAACAAUCGAGGCUAAGAAAUAAAUAAAUAAUUAAAUAAAUAAACAUAUGCUCAGUUUACUUGCUAUGCACACAAUUCCUGACAAAAUGGGCGGGGAAAGAUUAAGAUGAGAUGAAGAAAAAAAUUGGCUGUACAUAAAGCUAGCAUAUGGCCUUUGUUCUUGGUUUGUAAAUUACUUUUUUAUGUCUGUAUUUUGUAUAAAACCAGCGAUAAAGAAAAUCUUAAAAAAAAAAAAAAAAAAAAAAUGAAUGCAAUUGAAAUGGUUAUCUUUUUAUUCUGGUUAUACCCGUGAGCCUUGGAUCUAGUGACUUAGCAUUAAUAAUUCCACUUUUUUUCUACCAACUUAUCCUCACUAAUGUCUAAAUAAAUAUGAGCAUUUUUAACAGUCACCGCUACCUUUUUAUGCUUUAUUUGAAACAGAGGAAAGUGCUUGAUUUAAACGCUCUCUCAGAAGAUUUUUUUUUUUUUUCUGGAAAAGGGUGUGCUCUGGAUCUGUCUCACUUAUUAUUUGUGAUACUGGAUGCUGUAUUAUGUGCCCUGAAAUGUAUUUUUCUACUAAUAGAAGAAUUAUUAUGUCACAGCAGUAAUAUUUUGUUUUCUUUUAGAUAACACAGCUUCAGUUGAAUAUUAGAUUCUUCACAUGUGUGACUUUUCCCCUUUUCAACACAAUUUUAAGUAUACCACUGUAUUAAUUAAUUAAAAAAAUCAUUUUUAAAAUAAA